AUGAGCAACAGCAACAAUACUUCCAGCACUGGAGAAACGGCGGAAAGCUCCUCGCUUUCGGCAUUGGUUUCGACCCUCGCCCCUGUCGCCGUCAUCUCUGGGGCUUAUCUCGCCGUCUUUCUGAUACUGAGACGUAGCAAGAGACGCUACUACGCACCGCGAACCUACUUGGGGAGCUUGAGAGAGAGCGAAAGAUCGCCCCCCCUUCCCAAUGGGCUGUUCAACUGGAUAGGAAGCUUCUGGAGGAUCCCCGACAUCUACGCCCUCCAGCACCAAUCUCUCGAUGCCUACCUCUACAUUCGGUACCUGCAGAUGGCGCUUGUUCUCUGCUUCGUUGGCUGCAUCAUCACCUGGCCCGUUCUUUUCCCCAUCAAUGCUACCGGUGGCGGUGGUCAGAAGGAGCUCGACAUACUCUCCUAUUCCAAUGUUAACCCGGACACCCACAAGAACCGCUAUUUUGCCCACGUCUUCGUGAGCUGGGCUUACUUUGGCUUCGUCAUGUAUCUGAUCAUGCGAGAGUGCAUCUUCUACAUUAACUUGCGCCAGGCCUUCUUGCUCAGCCCCUUUUAUUCGGAGCGCAUUUCGUCUCGCACCGUCUUGUUCACCUGCGUCCCGGACAAUUACCUAAACGAAGCAAAGCUGCGCCAAGUGUUUGGCCAAAAUGCCAAGAAUAUCUGGAUCACAGCUCGCACCGACGAGGUGGAUGACUUGGUGAAGGAGCGCGACAAGGUUGCCAUGAAGUUGGAGAAGGCCGAGAUCAAGUUGAUCAAGCUUGCGAACAAGGCCCGCCAGAAGGCCAUCAAGAACGGCGCCAAUGCGUCCGAAGCUGACAAGCAAGCGAUCACGGGUGAUGCCGAGUCUGGAAGCAUUGCGGCCCGAUGGCUGUCGGCCAAGUCCCGGCCGACACACCGAACCGGUCCUCUUGGUCUGAUUGGAAAGAAGGUGGACACGAUCAACUGGUGCCGCGCCGAGCUGGAGCGCCUCAUCCCGGAGGCGGAAGCUGUCCAAGCCAAGUACCGCAGCGGCGCUUUCAAGAACAUUCCGGGUGUCUUCAUCGAGUUCACGUCGCAGCAGGCCGCCGAAGCUGCCGCUCAGAUGCUGGCCCAUCACCAAGGUCUUCACAUGUCGAACCGUGUCGUUGGUAUUCGCCCGAGCGAGGUGAUCUGGAAGUCUUUGGCUGUUCCGUGGUGGCAGCUUGUGAUUCGGCGUUACAUUGUAUUGGCCUUCAUCGCUGCUUUGAUCAUCUUUUGGGCUAUCCCUGUUGCUGUAGUCGGUGCUAUCAGCAACAUCAACUAUCUCGCAACGGAGUAUUCUUGGCUGUCGUGGCUCACCGAUAUUCCCAAGGUCAUCCUGGGCGUUAUCACUGGCCUUCUGCCAUCUGUGGCCCUUGCUAUCCUCAUGUCGUUGGUGCCCAUCAUCAUGCGCCUUUGUGCGAAAUUGGCCGGCGAGCCAUCAAUUUCCGGCGUUGAGUUGUUCACCCAAAACGCAUAUUUCGCCUUCCAGGUCAUCCAGGUCUUUUUGGUCACCACCUUGUCGUCAUCGGCUCCUGCCGUCAUUGAACAGAUCAUCAACGCCCCCAAUGAGACACCGAGAAUCCUGGCUCAGGGCUUGCCUAAAGCAUCCAACUUUUACAUCACAUAUUUCAUCGUCCAGGGCUUGACCAUUGCCACUAGCGUGCUCACCCAGGUCGUCGGGUUCUUCAUCUUCACAAUUCUCUACAAGUUCCUGGCGAACACACCCCGCGCCCUCUACCAGAAGUGGUCUAAUUUAAGCGCCAUUUCAUGGGGCAGCACCAUGCCGGUCUACACCAACAUUGUGGUUAUCGCCAUUACUUACUCGUGCAUUGCUCCUCUUAUGUUGGGCUGGGCUACCAUCGCAAUGUUCCUCUUCUACUUCGCUUGGAGAUACAAUGUUUUCUUUGUCACUGAUACCCAGAUCGACACCCGCGGUCUGAUCUAUCCUAAGGCGCUCAAGCAGCUCUUCGUCGGAGUCUACCUCGGCGAGAUUUGCAUGCUCGGACUGUUCAUCGCAGGAACGGCUCCUGGUCCGGUCAUUCUCAUGGUGAUCUUCAUCAUCUUCACCGUUCUGUUCCAUUACAGCCUCAACACCGCUCUUGACCCUCUCCUCUACAAUAUGCCCAUGUCGCUGCUCGCUGAGGAGGAAUCAGCCCGCCUCCUUGACGGCGAAGCUGGCGCAAGCCACAGCAACGGAAAUGACAAGUUCGUCGAUGAGCAUGACCUCAAUGGCGACGGUAUUGUGGAGAGUGCCGAAGAGCAAGUUGCUCAUUCCCGGGCGGCCCGAAAGGCGGCGGCUGCUCAUAGCAAGGGCAACUUCCUCACUCGGUUCCUGAAGCCCUGGAUUUACUCCGAUUACGCCACACUGCGCAACCUUGUGCCCCGCCACGUGUCGUUGCCACAGUAUACCCCCGAAAUCAUCGAGAAUGCAUACAACCCGCCCAGUGUCACCUCCCAGGCCCCUCUGCUCUGGAUCCCCGCCGACCCGGCGGGAGUUUCCAAGCAGGAGAUUGCCCACACCAGCAAGAUUAUUCCUAUCACUGAUGAAGGGUGCAUUCUGAACGAGAAGGGCAAGCUGGAGUGGGACGAGGAAGGAACCAGGCCGCCUGUGUGGGAGGAGAAGAUUCUUUACUAAUUUGACUGAGCGUAUGCAUAUCUGAUCUGCAUAGCAUGGCUUCGGGCAUUUGGCUUUUGUUGUCAGACUGAGAGAAAGAUAUAUGAUACCGGCAGGGAGAGAGAGCAAGAGGGAGAGAGGCGAGAAAAAAGGUUGUAGUAAUGGAUAUGCGCAGAUACCCCCUUCCAAGCCACACUUUUGAUGGAUGGAUAAUUUGAUGUUUUGUGUUUUCAGCUCCUAGGCUGAGCACGUAGUUUUAUGACACUUCUUCUUUUUUAUGGACCUCUGUUUUCUUUGUUCUACUUGUAUGAACAAGUGUGAAGAGUGAUAGGAAACUUUUCGUAGUAGGGAGUUGAUGAAUGCUAUUUUGUUUUACUUGUUAUUUUAACUUGUUGAUUGAGGUCGGAGAGGGG